UAUAAUAUGGUGACGUAACGGUACAUCCUUGAACUAACAUAGGAAAUCGAUCUUAUCAGAGUGAAAACAUCUAAAACUAUUCGCUCCGCUUUGCCACGGGAACCGCCCCUUUACUUCUAGCUACACAAUAGCCUCAUCGAAGUUUGUUCACACAUGUCAUAUUUGUCAGGACAAACACAGGCUGUCUAAGAAUUAUACUUUUUUUUUUUUUACUCGGAUUCGGCAAAUUUGAAAGUAGGAUAUGCCUCUACGGGUUGUCGUGCAAGGUCCUGGACCUUGGGGAUUCCGUCUAGUUGGUGGGAAGGAUUUUGAACAACCCUUGACUAUCUCGCGGAUCACUCCUGGCAGUAAGGCUGCCCAGGCCAAUCUGAAUGUCGGGGAUCAGCUCCUGGCCAUUGAUGGAGAGCCCACUGAGAGCAUGACUCACCUGCAGGCACAGAACAAGAUCAAGGGCUGCGUAGAGGAAAUGAUCCUCUCUAUCGACAGAUCAGAAACUAAAAUCUGGUCACCGCUCUCUUCUGAGGAUGGAAAGACCAACCCUUACAAGAUGAAUCUUGCGUCUGAGCCGCAGGAGGUGAAACCCAUAGGUUCCGCCCACAACAGGAGCGCCCUGCCAUUUGCUGGGUUUGGCCCCAACGUGGUAACCAAUCAGUACAACAACCCCGCCGGUCUCUACUCCUCCGAGAACAUCAAGGACUUUAACACGGCCGUGGAUGACGUGAAAACCAUUGCCACUGCUGUUAACGAGCCCAGCAACAUCCCAACAGUGGCAGACUCGGAGGUCUACAAAAUGCUGCAGGAAAACCAAGAGGCUGAUGAGCCUCCCCGACAGUCCGCUUCAUUCAAGGUGCUGCAGGAGAUUCUGGAGUCAGAUCCUGAUAAGCCCUCUGGGUUUAGGAGUGUGAAGGCACCCGCCGCAAAAAUGGGCUCAACAGUGGGAAAUGCAAACAAGUUACCAAUCUGUGACAAAUGUGGAUCAGGGAUUGUAGGGAUGGUUGUCAAGUUGCGGGACAAGUUUCGUCACCCCGAGUGCUACACCUGCUCCAAUUGUGACGUCAACCUGAAACAGAAGGGACACUUCUUCGUGGAGGACCAGAUCUACUGCGAGAAGCACGCACGCGAGCGAGUGACUCCACCCGAAGGCUAUGACGUGGUCACAGUCUUCCCCAAGUAGAGCUGUCUCGUUUGGAACACUGCACAUGACCACAUUAGUGUCUCCAAGACUCCGUGAGAACCAUCCCCAAGACUUUCCAGCCUUUUUAAAGAUGUCACAUUCUAGACUGUAAAAAUGGUAUGUUUUAUGCCUGGAUAAUGUUACUACCAGGCACGACAUGUUAAGCUUCAAACAAGGUUUGCUAUUCGUCAAAUGAUAAUAAUUUGCACAUUAUGCGUAUACGUUUAGGAACCGAAGAAGGCUAUGAAUUGGUUGCUUACAUGGUGUAGUCUGGGUUCAACCAAUCUCUAAGAGGAAUCCAAAACAUUUGUAUUUUUAAUCAGUAGACUAAUGUUUUGGGUUUCUGUUUUUACCAUAAAUCUUUCACAAACAUGCUGUGACCACGGAUAGUUAAGGGACAAGCAGUAGCUACUUUACUUGGGUUUGAUUUUAUCAUGGUGGUUAGAUCCAGGCUUCUGGUGGCUCUGCUUCUGGGUGGAUGUUCAUAAACAGAAACUCUCUUCCAAAAUGAUUGCUGAGUGCCAUCUUUUCGUCGUGAAAAUGCUGUAUUGGUGUUCCAAAUUACUCUUGUCAAUAUCAUUAUUAUGACUUAAUAAAUGUUUUCUCAAACCGUG